AUGUUCAACAUUGCUAAUCUCACCGAGAGCUCCUUCGACGAAAGUCGCUUUCUUCCUCAAUUUGGAUUUGACUCGGAUGUCACGUUCGAGAGUAUUUCAAGGUACCACCGGUACCUCUUCCGGAUAUAUACGCCAAAGUCCCUUCCCGCUGUCGAGGACGACUCUAUUUUCUUCGUAGGCGCGCGGUUCAACAAUACAUUUGCUCCGCAAACGCCAGUUAUGUCGGAGAUGUACUCAUCGUCAUGUGCUCCCCUCAUCGAAACAGCAACCUACGAAGACUGUGUUCAGCAUUUGAGUUGGGAAACACGUUCUAGUUCACCUUUUAUUUCUGCGACAUUUAAUUUUGCCUGGGCUCUAUGGGAUGCAGUUCGUCGAUUCAGAGCAGGUAUGAAGCAUGAUGUGGAGAUUGCAAUAAUAGAUGCUGCGGCUCUUUCUGGAAAGGCCGUUACUACAAUGCAGUUGUUACGAAGAAGUCCUUCUUCCGAGACAAGGAGGCAUCCGCGGCACCGGAAAUGGUGCCGCUUUGCACAAGAAUCUCAAUCAGUAUUGAUCCACGGUUCCAUUCCCCGAUCGGCGGUUCUUGCGUCUGUUCCAUUGCGAAUUGUUGUUCAAAACCUACCGUCAUAUUUUUUGCAAACUCCUUCGAGCUCGCGAAAUAUUCGUCCGCUAGUUGAUCCCCCUUUUGGACGGAUUCUUGCGUGGGACCCUAUCGGCCAGAAGAAUGCUAGUUUCCGGAGGUUCUGUCAAGAAAUGAGGGAUCGUUUUAUAAGGAUGCCGUAUCACACUCGUGUUCGAGAGAUCGCCAUAGGAUCGGUGCGAUUGGCUAUAACUUUGCUUGACCCUUGGUUUCAUCGAACCGUUAUGCACGGUGAUAUUCACUCGGCAGUCACAAGGAUACGAGAACUUUCUGCAUUGAUUGCCCAUUGGCCCGAGCAGCCAGGUUCCCGUGAUUAUACAGAGAUGGCGAGCCUGAUGAAAGCCUUGAUUCUGUUGUUGGCGGAAGAAGUGCAAGACAGUAGCUCUCGCACACGACAAAUCGCCACAGAAGAGGUUUUGCACCUUCAGAGAAUUGUUGAUGAUCUUUUGGAUGUUGUUCGUGGACACGAAGCUGCUGGCACCAUCUCCCCCGGGUUCGCAAAGUCACGCUCUAACGAGUACCAGAAGAUUUCGGACCUUAGUGUAAUCGACUCUGAAUCUGAAUCCGGCUUGAAUGUGGCGCAACUGACAUGGAACUCUGAGGCAGAGAAUCGCUCCAUUUCCAAGCUUAGGAUCAUUAUACCCCACUCAACUGCCAGCGAGACCUCUUCGUCUUCUCCAUGCAGUUCUCCUUCAUCCGCCGCUCCUCUGACUCCGAAAUCAGACGCUUCAUUUACAUCGCCGUCAUCGCUGAAAAUGGGACCAUUUCCUCAUCCCCAUCAUGAACCCCCUUCUCCAAGUUUCUCAGCUUCUUCACCUCUCAUUCCACCUCAAUCGGAAAUCUCAUUGUCUUCACUUCCUUCACCACUAACGAUAUCUAUACCUUUACUAGAAGUAAGGUCUCCAAUGACGUCUCCGGGUUCGCCUUCAAUUUAUUAUUCUGCAUCGAAGUCUCCACAGUUCGAAUAUCCUGUGCAGAACGCAGAUUUAUCCAAUGAAUACUGCUCUGAAAAUUUUACCUUGGAUCCAUUGCCCGCAAAGUACCCUGAUGAUGAUGAUGAUAGUGAUGAUCUAGGUACCGACUCAGACGGCUCAUCGUCUAUCGCAUUCCACGAAGUUGUCUCUUAUGCAGUGACUGGGUUUCUCGUCGGGACGGUCAUUACUCUUUGCCUUUUGUCAUCUCAGAGACGGACCAUGCUUUACGUGACAUGA